AUGGCCGGUUUCAAACCUUGUUUAGUCUUCCUAAUGGCAUCAUCGCUAUUUAUUAGCUUGACUAUUGGUGUCGUUUUAAAAUCGCAUAAUUCGGAUGUUUCUCACAUUGAUAAACGAACGAUCUUGGAAAAACGCGAGUUCCUCAAAUGUCUACCGAUAUUCGAUCAAUUUGCCGCAAAUUUCAUUAAAGUUGGUGACUUCAGUGAAGAUGCGGUCGAAAAAGUUUUAUACCUCGACCGAGAAACCUCGCUUCGAAAAGUUUUAUUGUUCUAUAAUCCCAAUUCUUCUACAAAAUCCAGAAAUCUUUACGAAUGGGCACUUGAAAAUUAUUUGCAACCAUCAAUUGAUCACGUGUUCUUGGUUUCCGUGAUAAAUAUUCCUAGGGUGGUUUACCCAGCGCCAGAAAUGCUUUGGUCGUUCGGAUUGAAAGGGUAUGGAAAUGUAAUAAAUACCUAUGACCAUAGAGAGUGUUUGAGCUAUUUAAAAAGUAAGGAGGACAGCGUGAGAAACAUUUUGGAGAAAAUUUCAUGCGAAUUGCGAUGUAAAAAUAUAACCAGUUGCAUUACAAUCGAACGAGGAAAUGGAAAUGGUGCGCUUCUCGACGCAUGUGAAUCAAUAAAACCUGAUGUUAUACUAAUCGGUUCAUCAAAAAAGUGUAAAAGGAAAUUUGAAUGGAUUUCAAAUAAUUCAUUGGGAAUACCGGUGAUCACAUAUGACGAUGAUAAGAUGGUCGAAAGGAAGGAUGAGAAUACGAGAAUCUUGAAUAAAGGUACCGAGGAUAAAAGAUGUACAAGCAAAAACUGUGAAGAAAAUCUAAUAAGCCAGAAAUUCGUCUCUGGUACGAACCUUGUAGGGAAAAGGCAAAAGGAAUCUAGGCAAAAAGUUUGUGGAUCCUUCUCAGAACAAAAUCCUCAAUGGACACUUCAAAGUUUGAAAUGUAAAUUUUCAUUCCCCUCAACGCCUAGACAGAAAAAUUACUGCAAAUUGAAAGAUUAG